CGGGCAGACGCGAAGAGGAGCCAGGCCAGCAGCGAGCAGCAGCCGGGCAGUUGUCGAGGGUGAUUGACGACAUCGACCUAGGUUAUACCCUAUCCACUCACCCUGAUAUCAUACAUACACACACACAAACACACAAACACACAAACACACAUAUAAACAUACCCAAAACGAUGGCUUCCCUCUCUCGAUCUCUCCUCGCUAGGGGUUACGCGACCGCCUCCGCCGUCAAGGCCCCCGUCCAGAUCACCUCGCUCUCCGGGACUUACGCCACCUCGACUUACCUUGCCGCCGCUAAAAAGUCGCAGAAAGAGUUGGAAUCCGUCGCUUCCGGCUUGCAGUCGAUCGAGAAGAAGUUGAAGGAUGACCAAAAGACCACCGAGGCUUUGACCAACCCCACCCUCUCGGUCUCUGAGCGAUCCAAGCUCAUCUCCUCCCUCGCCUCGGGAUCCUCCCCUAUUAUCACCAACCUCCUCCAGGUCCUCGCUUCCAACGGCCGUCUCGCCGCCUUCCCCUCGGUCAUCACCGACUUUUCCACCCUCAUGGCCGCUCACCGUGGUCAACUCGUCGUCACCGUCACCUCGGCCGAACCCUUGGCCGCUGGCGGUGCCGAGAUGAAGCGUCUGGAAAAGGCUCUCAAGGGGAGCAAGAUCGCCCAGGGCAAGGACUUGAAGUUGGUCAACAGGGUCAACCCGGGAAUCUUGGGCGGUCUGGAGGUGGACUUUGGUGAACAGACGAUCGACUUGAGCGCGAGCUCCAAGGUCAACAAGUUCAACGCCGCUCUGGCCCAGGGAGUCUAAAUAUCAGACGAUCAUUAUCGACCUUGUCUUCAAUGAAGAGAGGACACUAGACCUUGCAUGGGAGAAUACAAUCAAACCCCUAUGUGUCUAUCUCGGCGUCCUGGAAUCGGGUCGAAAAAUCGAAUGGAAUCUAGAUGAAAAGAAUGACAAUGCAAUUAAACGAAUCGGAAAUCGGAGCGAAGAAGAGUCGGGCUGGAGAUCCAUGUGCCUCGAUCGUCGACCGCGGAAUGGCUGACGCCGGAGCUGCGAAUAUAAGUGACGAGCCCAGGAUCAGAUGUUGAUGGGCGUUGCCCUUAUUUCG